UCCUCCAUGCCACAAUCACACUCUGUAACUCCUCCUGGCCACUGAGUGCUUCCGAGCUUAUCCUUUCUUUCACUUCACUUGUAGGAGAAACAUUUGUACCUUCCCCCUGCCUUACAUAGGUUUCACUUCUACUGUGAACUCCAAGCAGAGAAGACCUCUCUCCAACUCUGCAGCUGGCUUUGGACCGAUGCCAGAGGGAGUCACAACCACACCUGUGUUACUUGAUCUCAUUUGGGGCCACCUGGCUGUGGGCUUUUAAGGACCUGACCCAAAAAUGCAACAAGUACAGCCAGUGGUCGUUGUAACCCAGCCGCAGAGGGGUGCUUAUCCACAGAGCUCCAAUUGGCAGACGGGUCUUCUGGAUUGUUUCAGCGACUGCGGAGUCUGCAUCUGUGGGACAUUCUGCACCCUCUGCCUCGCGUGUCAAGUGGCUUCUGACAUGAAUGAAUGCUGUUUGUGUGGAGCGAGCGUAGCCAUGAGGACCCUCUACCGUACCAGAUAUGGCAUCCCCGGAUCCAUUUGCAGUGACUUCAUGGUGACCACGUGCUGCACUGUGUGUUCUCUUUGCCAAAUUAAGAGAGACAUUAAUAAAAGGAGGGAAAUGAAUAUUUUCUGAAAGAGUCAAUGAUGACGUUUCUGUUUCUGAGGAAGCACCUGACAUCAGUUUUAACACCUGAAAAAAUUAUUUCUUUUAAGUAUUCCUCUAAUUCUUGCUCCUAAAUUGCUACAUACCAUAAAGAAGUUUAAUAAUGGGGGGCAGCUAGGUGGUGCAGUGGAUAGAGCACCGGCCCUGGAUUCAGGAGGACCUGAGUUCAAAUCCAGCCUCAGACACUUUACACACUUACUAGCUGGUGACCCUGGGCAAGUCACUUAACCCCAAUUGCCUCACCAAAAAAAAAAAAAAGUUUAAUCAUGAUGGAGCGAAUGCCGGUGAAGCUCUUCUUACUUUAAAUGAAAGUUUCCUCCUCAGGACCUUCAUUCAGAGGCUAAUCUGCAGCUUAGCUUGAAUCUCAUAACAAUUCUUGAUUUGUAACAUGUGGCUUGGUUUUGUAAAUGCAAAACAAAUAAAGAUUAUUCAGAAUAA